AUGACGGUGAGGAGGAGGAGGAGGAGCGGAGGAGCCCGGUGGCUCCUGGUCUUCCUGGUCCUGCUGAGCGGCGACCUGUCCUCCCUCCAGGCUCGGGGGCCGAGGCCGAGGAACAAGGCCGGCCGGAAACCCCCCCCGUCCAACGCCGGGCCCGACUCUCCGGCCCCCCGGCCCCCGGCGGGAGCCCGGGGGACUUUCAUCCGGCGAGGCGGGAGGCUUUCCGUCGAUUUCGGGCCCGAGGGCAACGGCUACUACCAGGCCAACUACCCGCUCUUGCCCGACGCCAUCGUCUACCCGGACUGCCCGACGGCCAACGGGACCAGAGAGGCCUUCUUCGGGGACUGCGUCAACGCCACCCACGAGGCCAACCGGGGCGAGCUGACGGCCGGCGGGAACGCCAGCGACGUCCACGUCCGGGUGCUCCUCAGGCUGGUCGAAGAACUCUGCGCCCUCCGGGACUGCGGCCCGGCGCUCCCGACGGGGCCGGCGCCGCGGCCCGGACCGCCGGGCCCGCCCGCCGCGCUCGCCCUGCUGACCCUCGUCCUCCUCGGGGCCCAGUGA